GCCGCGACGCGAUUGCCUUUCCAUUUUCGAAUACGUUAAUUUGAAAAAGUUUGACAGUGACAUUUUUUUUUAUUUACAAAGUGAUAACGGCCUGUGACUAGUGCUUCAUAAUUUCACUGAAAUCGAUGUGUCUCAUCGGAAUGCGUAGAAAUCGUCACGCACGAACAAUUUAGAAGACUUAUGGAUUAUUAACCACCGAGUUGCGGAUAUAUUUUUUAAUAUACAAAACAACGAUGAAAGCAACGUGAUACAAAGUGAAACAAUGAGCCGCGAUUACAUAAAUGUAAUGUAUGUGAACGAGAAUUCGAAUCGCACGAAUAUCGACAGCGGCGACGUUCUCGACAACGAGACAGAGUUCAACGCGAACAGGUACAGGCUGUUCGAUGACUUUAGCACGGAUUUGCGCAUUAGCUUCAACUCGAUAAGGAACUUCCACGAGAUACUGAGGGAUAGGCGCAGGGGGGAUCCCAACGACUCCGGGGUCGAUGUCGAGAACGGCAACCCCAUGGAUGACGUAACGUCCAAUGACAGCGAUUUGUUGGAGAACGAAGUUAUGGUAGACCCUUGGAGCAGUAUGGACUCCUCCAAUUCGCCAUUGACUGAUUCCGGACCGUCUGCCAAUGAAGACUGCACGCCCUCCACUUCUAGUGAGCCACCCCAGCCCCGCGAUGACAACGCUCCCGCCCCCUCGGAACCCCGCCGCUACCCAAACCCAAAAGACACCAAAAGCAAAAAUAAAAAACACCCCAACGCAAAAACACCGGACAAGGCGAGGAGCCGAGACCUGACUCUAGAUUUCGAGGCUUUGGAAAGAGAAACACCGCGCCGGCCGCACUUUCUAGAUGACGACUACCUACCGCCUUCAAAAUCGAAUAUCGAGUGUCGAAUUCCGAAGCCUCAUUUCUUGGACCACUCCCCUUCGCCGGACGAAUUCGACGAUCGGAACCCGCAGUUUCUCGACGACGAAGUAGACGGCGACGAUCACCAGGCACAAAAGAAGUCGGGCGCCCUUCCAAAGAGAUCAGCAAAAAACCAGUCUUCCACUUUUGUAGCUCAAGAGGACAGACCGCCUAGAACUAGUUAUAGAAGUACACUUCACUAUGGUUUAGAAAAUCCUGCCCGAUCUAGCGAACGUGACAAACGAGCCUCGCAGUUGUAUAGAGGUACGUGGCCGGGUGAGCGCGAAGUUUGGACGGCCCACGACGCCGCCAGCGUCCGGAGCUUCUCGAGCAACGGAUCCGAUGGACCUCGACCCGCCUCAAAUUUAGAAAACAAAAUGGAGUGCGUGUGCUCGUUGAUGUCUCUAUUGAGCCUGUCGCCAGAAAUCAAUGCCGAUCUGAGCGGCCCUCUCCUAGACAUGAGUAGGACCGUCGAGAGCUGCAUAGCGAUGAGACAGGCUGGCUGUAUUCCAUUAUUAGUACAGCUCAUUCAUUCUAAAGUGCCAAGAGAGACUCGUGAUCGGGCAGCGAAGGCGUUGCGCAACAUUAUUCACACGCAGACUGACGACAAGGCCGGCAGAAGAGAAGCGAGAGUUUGGAGGUUACUAGAGCAAGUUAGAGAAUAUUGCUAUGUACUCGAGGACGUCGUGGAAGCUAGGAAGGAGGGAAAAGAAAUCAUCGAGGAUGAUGCAACAAAACACCCCAGUCAGAGCGUUGCCGCAUUGAUGAAAUUGUCGUUUGACGAGGAACAUAGGCAUGUAGUUUGCCAACUAGGUGGGUUACAAGCAUUAGCAGCCUUGGUGAGCGGCGAUCAAGCUGCACAUGGAAGCAGAACUGACGAUAACACAUGUCUUACGAUGAGGAAAUAUGCUGGCAUGACGUUAACGAACUUGACUUUCGGUGAUGGAAAUAACAAAUCACUGCUAUGUUCUUUUAAAGAUUUUAUGCUCGCAUUAGUGGAACAAUUGGAAUCACCCAACGAUGACAUGCGGCAGGUGACAGCGUCAGUACUAAGAAAUCUGUCCUGGAGAGCAGACACAAACAGUAAACAAGUAUUAAGGGAAGUUGGAGCAGUUAAGGGUCUUACGAUGGCAGCCAUGACCUGUCAGAAGGAGGCGACACUGAAAUCCGUUCUAUCGGCGUUAUGGAAUUUGACAGCUCAUUGCUCUAUGAAUAAAGUAGCUCUGUGCUCGGUAGAGGGUGCGCUCGGGUUCCUUGUCGAAAUGCUCAGCUACAACUCUCCGACUAAAACUUUAGCCAUUGUAGAGAAUGCAGGUGGAAUUAUGCGCAACGUAUCGAGUCACAUCGCUGUUCGCGAAGAUUACAGACAAAUUCUCCGCGAGAGAAAUUGUUUAAGUGUCUUGCUUCAGCACCUCAAAUCUCCAAGUUUGACCGUAGUCAGCAACUCGUGUGGCACUCUAUGGAACCUCUCCGCUAGGUGUCCGCAAGACCAACAAUUUCUCUGGGACCACGGCGCUGUACCGAUGCUCCGAAGUCUGAUACACUCGAAACAUAAGAUGAUCGCCAUGGGAUCAGGAGCGGCUCUCAAAAACUUACUGAACUCCAAACCGGGAAAGACACAUAUUAUAUCUCUGGACACGACAGCCAAAACUAUGAAUUUACCGGCUUUGCCGACUCUAGGGGCGAGGAAACAAAAAGCAUUAGAGCAGGAAUUGGAUCAAAACUUAGCGGAAACGUGCGAUAACAUCGAGCCGGCCACUUCGCCGACCACGAGUAACAGAGAAGAGAAGAACUUGUUCACUGCAACCGAAAGACAAAUUACGAUGAAUUUGGAACGACACAGAAUGACGUCCAGUUCUCCGCUGAUGGGAUCGCUUACCUCUCAAAUAUCGCUGAGUCAUAGUGCGCAUCUCGCUAGCUACCUAAGCUGUAGCAACACCCUAUUAAAAGGAGCCCUGGUGUCCCGUUCCUCGCCCGGCGGGAGCUCCUCUAACGUCAACAGGUCGGAAAGCAAAGACUCCGUGACGAGCACACACUCCGACUCAGUGUUCGAAAGAGGAACGCGAACAGGCAAGGUACCGAUACCGACACCCCGGAAUCGAGAUCUGAUGAAGAUGGAUACGGGCAGUGAUUCUGUUAAACCUCAACCGUUAUCGAAGGACGCGACGUACUUGCAAUACGCAACUCAACCGCCCAUCCCACCUCCGCGAAGCACGACAGAUAUGAGAACUAACUACACAGAAUCUGGUUACGACGUCGACCUAGAUUCUUGCGACCAACCUAUAGAUUUUAGUAGGAAAUAUUCGGAAACGAAGAACACCGAUGCGGAACCGAGCGAAAAAGGGAAGGUUGACGCUAAGAAAAUAUAUUCUAAAAAGGAAAACCCGAGUACAUUCGGUGACUACCAGGAGACUGAUCUGGAUCAACCCACAGAUUACUCCUUGCGCUACCCGGAACUUCAAUCCGAGACGGGAUCAGAUAUAUCCGAACCGCCGGGUCCUUCGAUUAACGAGGAUACGAUAAAGCAUUUCGCAACAGAGGGCACGCCAUACGAGACUCCGAUUAUUUUCUCUACGGCGACGUCCAUGUCGGAUCUCCGGAUCAUCGGCAAAGACGGCAAACCGAAGACGUCGAGUUUAAAGGAGCAUCCCGAGGCGAUGAGUCACUCGGACGAGAAGGACACGUGCUCGAUCGAGGAUCCGCCGCGGCACGACAACGACAGGGCUAUAUCGACGCCGCCCACCGCCUCCGUGGCCGAGCCGAUCGCGGAGAAGAGGAGCGUUUUCGACACGAAAUUCAGUUCCGGUAUGAUAAGCCCCGAGAAACCUGUUAACUACUGCGACGAAGGCACCCCUGGAUAUUUCUCGCGAGUGAGCUCGUUGAGCAGCUUAGGCGAGCCGACGGAGGGUGACAAUCUAGCGAAGAAGAACGCCCAGGCGACGAUUAACGUCGAGCCGAGUCCACAGGAGCCGGGGGCGAUCAGCUCUGGAAAAGAUAAAGAAGGAUCAAAAGCGGUGACCUUCGCAACGGAGCCAAUAUCGAUAACUCAAGAGAACUCCGGAUUGGCGUCGAACAGAACUUCUUCACCUCAGCGAUUCGUCGAAGAAACGCCUCUGAUGUUCUCAAGGUCCAGUUCCUUGGGAUCUCUCCCGGAAUGUUCCCAGCAGGACGAUCAGGGCUCAGUGUUGUCAGAAGUUAGUCGUCUAACGUCAGGCUGUAUAUCCCCGAGCGAGAUCCCGGAUUCUCCCGGGCAGAGCGUCCCGCUGUCCCCGCGCUCCCGACACCCGCCCGCCGAGCCGAUUGUACAGUCACACACACCGCCUAUGGAGUCGUGUCCCGAUGCGGGUGUCACGUCGGUGUUUGAGGAGCGCGUGUCGCGGUUCGUGGUGGAGCACACGCCCGCGCAGUUCUCCGCCAACACCUCCCUGUCCAGCCUCACCAUUAACGACGAGCCCAAGCAAAUAAUACACUUGGAGGAUGACAACAAGCCGGUUAACGAGGAAAACAUACCGCCGCCGCGCGAGGAGGAUACCAGCUCACCUAUUCCCACUGAAAGACAUGGUGAUACGUCUACCGAAAAUGCCGGCAGCGAUAUGUUAAAAGCAGCGGAUGUGGGUUCGGAGGAGCGGGCGUCGGACAGCUCGGCGCUCAGCGACUCCGAUCUGUUGGAGGAGUGCAUAAGGAAGGGAAUAGAGCAGGUGGUUAAAAACAAAGGGCCGGCAUCGGACGUGUCGUCCGUCAACCCGUACUCCGUGAGAGGUGAUCUCUAUAGAUCUCUGCCUCCCUACCUGCGGUCCUCCACAGAAACUGUGAUGAUGUCACACGAAUUCGGCAGAAGCAUUAGGGACAGUCCGCCGCCGUUGCCUCCCAAGAUGGCCGCUGCACCGCCCCGCCCACCACCACCGCCUGCACGUAUAACAGAUUUUAAAGCUGAUAACACAUCACCAGACAAGUUGGGGGUAGUCCGCAACAAACCGAAACUGCCACUGGGCAACCUACAAAGAAACGACUCCCUUAGCUCCUUAAGUUUGGACUCGUUCGGAUCUACCGACAGGGAAAUAUUCGAGGAGACCGUCAAAGCCGGGCUCUCCAGUGUGAAUCCUCGAGCAGCUCUCGCUCUCGACAGCGACAAGGGAAAAGCGCAUUCGGUGGAACGACGCCCAGAGUCCGCCAAGCACGGCAGACACCAUAAAUCUCUCGAUAGGAGCGAUAAAAUUGCCCACCGCCUCUCUAAGAUCAGGGACCCCGAGUUCGAGAGAAACAUCGCCGCCGGCGCGUACAACGUAAACUUUUCCAACAAGGUUACACUGGAGCAGGAGUUUGUAGCGUCCGGUCGGUCGUCGUACGCCGACGAGCCGUCGAACGCUGUCACGCACCAGUCUAGAGCUCGCGGCCGCACCUUCGACGACGGCCCCCCGAGCCUCCCGGCCCGUAUCGAGGACAGGCGCCUCGACCGAAGCUCCUCCCUGAGUUCCCUCAGCAACGACUCCUUCGGAUCGACCGACAAGGAGGUCUUCGAGCGCUGCGUCCGCAUGGGAAUGUCCAAGACAAAAAAACGCGACGAAGUUAAACUCAGAGUCAAAAGCGACGAUCGGCUCGACGGUCGAGAGUCCGCCCGGCGGCGACGAAAGGACAAGCAGCACCAGGGGGCGCUCGACAAAAUGGUGGGGGAGGAGGCGAGGGACCGCGCCCUAUUAGAGGAGGUCAUCGCUCGGGGUGCGGGCGAGGCGAAGGACACUCAGCCAAAAAACGUUCUGGCGCCGUCUGCGGCUCUCGCGGACGCAGGCGGCGCCGCCCCCGCGCGAGACACGCCCACUGGCUGUGAGCGCCCGCCCACCAUCACCGUGCACGACGCACCGACGACGGACGACUCCACGCUUCUCGAGGACGGUACGACGACUUUCGAAUCCGCCGACUGCACCGUUAUGGACCGCUCGAACGAGUGUCUCGCGCCCCAAUCUGCAAACACCACCAUCGACUCCGAAAAGGACGAGUUGAACCGCUCCAACGAAUCGUACGCCGACGUCCUCGAGGCGUCCUGGAGCGACGAGGAGAAGGCACCGUGCGUGUACAACGCGGAAACUCUGACGAGAAAAGGCAAGCACAAACUCGAGUGGACCGACAUCAAGUGCACCGACAGCGAGAUUCAUCUCGAGGACGUCUCAAAGAGAAGCAACGACACGUGGAACGACAACACCUGUCCAGAUGACGUCACGUUCCCGACUAUCAGCGGGUCGAUCCACCUCGUAUCCUCCAUGCGGAGCGAAAUCGUCGAUGCGUCUAUGGCUUUGCCCGAUUUACUCGAGAAGAGCGAGGCGAGAAACUUUUCUAAACCGGACCUAACGGACCAACUAGAUGGCAAUAUUGAUGUGGAGGUCACCGAAAAAUUUGACGACAAGAUAUUAUUGGAAAAUAUUCCGGAACCUAGUUUCACAUCUCUCAUCGAUGAGAACGAGCAGAAGUUCGAUUCGAUCGUAUCGUCGGCCAUAGAGAUGGAGGCCGCCAGAUUGGCAGCUCAGCUGAAAAAUUCCCAGUACGCGUUAGAAAAUAGUACCACCUCUCUGACGUCCGUCGAUUUAGAUCACAUUAAGCCUCCGUCGAAUUUAGGUAGUUUACUGUCUCUGAGCGCAUCGGCUCAGUGGGACGAAUCAUCUCAAGCUUCAAAAAAAUCUUCGCGCUCCCGUAAAAAAUCUCUGCCGGUAGCUUCGAUGGUUAAACGCGCGUUGAGUAACUCGAUGCAUCAAGGUAGCUCCGAGCAUUUGGACACGACUCCCCUAAGCUUAUUGGAAAAUAUGAAACCUCCCUCCGAAAUGGAAAAUAUGGACAUGGACGGAAGUAUGAUUUCCGUCUCGAGUAUAGUGUCCGAGGUAGCAGACGCUAGAAAGACGCCAGUUAUAUUUGACUUCAAACAACCCGUACAAGAUUUUCCACUCUGUACGACGUUCACCAACGUCUUCCAAGAUUUAGAUAAAGUAAAUCCCCCCUCUUUGUUUGACGAAAUUGCUGAAUCUACUUUGGAAGUAGAGCAGACGACGGCGCAGCAAGUUUAUGACGACUGUAUUUCUAAUACGCUCAACGUUAUAACCGACAUACCGUCGGGGUCAGAAAAUUGUACGCCGCUUCCUUCCGACAUGAGUAGCGUUGAAUCGACUCCAAAACGACAACGCGACCAAAGGUACUUAACCCCGAAAGAAAAGAGGAGUGCCGCUAAACAUAGGUACCAAACCUACACGAUCACCGGUACAGCAUCCGAGUCGGACAGAGUAUUAGAAACUGAAUCUGAAGAAUAUCUGACGUGGACCAAGUCGGAGAGCGAUAAGUCCGAAGAGUACCUCACCGCUAACUCCGAAUCGAAGUCUAAAAAACGAGUCAGCGCAAAGCAGAGGCGGCUAGACGAUAGAGCGAGAUAUCAAACGCAGACCGUUGACAUUCAGAAUAUUAUGACGAACAAUACGAGUAAGCCAGCGGAACAAACCGAUCCACACAUAGAAAAUCUCAAACGGCGACUUGCAGCUAAAAAGACGAUAAAACAGAGACGAAUAGAGGACGCCGAGAGAUUCAGAACCAGGACCCUAAGCGAAGAUAUACCUCCUUCGCCCACGUUUGUUACAAAAGAUGCGAGUUUCGAAAACGUCGAAACGACAACCGGAUACGAUAGCCUGUCAUCUAAUGAACUUAAUCAUCAGCAAAUACACGACGAGAGAUCCGGCGACGACGUCUUUAGAGAUGUCGACAGUGGCCACAACGAGGAUGACUUCGAAUUGAACUCUACUAAAAUGAAAACGUACACCAAGAGCUUCCGAAAUUAUCUCCCCGUGGUAGAGAGUCCCGCGGCUGUGGACAUGUGUGUUGUGAAUAACUUGAAAAAUAUUGAAAUGACGGCCUCGUACAGGCGAAGUCAAGAUAAGGAUCUGUACCAGCAUCCCAGCAGCAGUGACUUCGCGAGCUACGAGGCCGACAGCCAUUCCGACGACAGGGGCCACUCCGAUUCAGAUUCCGAAACGCCGUCCCUGAGGCCGAAGCCAAAAAUAAUCAAACCGGAGAACAGAGACGAGAGUUUGGAUUCGAACGAGUCUUUGGAAGCUGAACAGGAGGCUCCGAAGGCGAUUCGGGGACGAAAGAAGGCAGCGUACGUGUCGCCGUACAGGCGCAGUGCGCCCAGUCCGAAGAAAGCCACACCGCAAGCUGCUAAAACGCCUUCGAAAUUGAGCGCGACUCCGAAAACUUAUAUCGGAGCAGCCAAACCACAAACGAGUGCCAAAACCCCGAACAAAACCCCACCUUCGGCUAAAACUAGUGCGAAUACGUCACCUAAAAAGGUAGCACCGAACAAAUCUCCGGCGAAGACAGCUCCUAAGGCUUCCACUACGCCGCCGGCGCCCAAGCCGCUCCCGCUGGUGAGGCAGGGCACCUUCACGAAAGAGGAGAGCACGGUACCUGCGAAAUCGCUACUGGUGACUGAUAAAAAACCGAGCACCUCGCGGCCGGCCACCUCGCCCACGAAAGCCGCUAACACCUCGCCGUCGAGGCUUCCGCAGUUCAAUCGCACUAGACCGCAAUCGAACAAAAUUCCUAGCCAACCGAAGCAAACGAAAACGUGGAAAAGAAACUCGGAGCCCACCAUGAAAAACUCCGCUUCCAACCACAGCCUCCAGAGCAACGACAGCGGAAAGACGAUCGUCCUGGCCCGGACGUCGCGGCCGGGCAGCACCUCCAGCGUCAACUCGAUCUCGUCGGCGACGAAAACGAAGGACGUCGAGAGCAAAAUAGCGAACCUGUGGAAGAAAGUCGAGCAAACGAAAAAACUUCCCGCAAAAAGCGACAAGAAAGUUUGGAUCGAGAGCGACAAGACCGAGACUCCGAAAUUGAUUCGGAGCUCCACGUUCGAGGGGCAACCCAAGCUCAGUCAGAUCAACUCGAACCCCAAACAGAAGACUGCAAUCGGAAUAAGAGUGUCGCAGAUACCGAGCUUACGGCCGAAAACAGUCGCGAAGACGGCCAUUCCGAAUGUUAAGAAAACAACCACAGCUAGGACUGUGAAGAAAACUGUCGGGUAAAAGCGAUCGUUCGCAAAGUUUUUACAAAAUAUAAAUCAGGCAAAACCGAAUCUUUUUGAAGUCACAUUCACCAUGCGAUAAAUUAACCUUUUCUAAAAAACUAAACAAUAAUUUUCCGAGUUUUCUAUUACACGUCCAACAAUAUUCUAGCAAUAUAGGUAUAUUUGUAAUCGGAUCUUUCUUGUCAUAUAGUCUGUCAAAGAAGUGAAGAAAUUAAAAAGUGGCAACAUCCC